CCGUCAUCGACAUGCAUGUACCCUUGCCUUCGUAAAAUGUGUUUCAGUCUGUUUGGUUUUCUUACCUUUCUUCUUUGAUCCGUGUAAAUUUUGGUGCAGCGACAAGUGGCAUGGCCGAGUUGCUUUUAGAUCCAAACAUUCGAGGCUGGGUGUUCUUGCCUAUCGUAGUAAUUACCUUUCUCGUAGGUAUCAUUCGUCAUUAUGUUUCGAUACUGCUUGCCUCGCAGAAGAAGGUUGAGCUUCAUCAAGUACAAGACAGUCAAGUGAUGAUACGCUCCAGAUUACUUAGGGAAAAUGGUCAAUAUAUUCCAAAGAUGGCAUUUAUCAGUAGAAGGCAUUUCUUUAAUAAUGAAGAGACAGGGUACUUCAAGACACAAAAGCGUGCUCCUGUGUCGCAAAAUCCAAUAACGGAUCCUAAUGUGAUGAUAGACAUGUUGAAGGGAAAUGUUACUAAUGUGUUGCCCACUGUGCUCAUAGGAGGUUGGAUCAAUUGGAUGCUGUCUGGUUUUGUUACUACCAAAGUGCCAUUUCCAUUAACAUUGCGUUUCAAACCAAUGUUACAACGUGGAAUAGAAUUAAUUACCCUUGAUGCUGCAUGGGUCUCGUCCGCAUCUUGGUACUUCCUUAAUGUGUUUGGAUUACGGUCUAUUUACACACUUGUCCUUGGAGAGAACAAUGCUGCGGAUGCUUUUAGAAUUCAGCAGGACGCGGUAUCUGGUGCUGCAAUGUCCAUGCCACCGGAUCCAAAAGCUGCUUUCAAAUCUGAAUGGGAAGCUCUAGAGAUAUACGAACAUAAUUGGGCAUUGCAGGGUGUUGAAGCGGAUCUUAUAGGAUCUCAAAGAACAGACACUAGCGAAAGUAGCAAAUAAAAAGAAUGCAUUUCAUGUGCCAUUUUGGAAAAAUAAUAUUUCAAAUUUUAUAUAUAUAAAUAAUUAUUAAAUAUAAAUUAUUUUAAUUAGCACAACAAAUAAUACAGUAUAAUUUCCGCUGAGAUACAGUUUCACGUUUUGCUAGAACGUAUCGAUUACAUUUCGGCAAUCUCUUACAUUCUUUAUUGACUAUGUACAAAAAAUGUCUAUUUGUAUGAGCACCUUAUUUUAACUUUAUUCUUCACUUUUAAGGUACAAAGGUAUUCAUAUUUAAUAUUCAUGGAUCAUUAUACAGUAUGUACAAUAAGAUGUAUUAUAAUAAAUGUUUGUUUUAUA